UUCAGUUUGAGAAUAGACCCAUUUUGAUGAAUACUUUGUGUGGGGAUGUCUCCUCACACAUUCAGUUUAUUAAUCUUGUUGAAUGAGCAUAUCCAAGAUAGAACCCAUAUUAGAGAACCACCCAUACUAACGGCAUGUAUGUCGUUUUCAGCUAUGAUCCGAUCCAAUGGUAUUGACAUGAACAGCAGGCUUGAAGCAGCCUACCUUGCUGACCAGAUAUCUAGAGGACGUCUAGUGAUAAUGUGGGUACCUCAUGAUGAGGGAGACCAAAGGGCUUACAAUGAACUGAUGUCAAGGGGUAGAAUGGAAGUACAAUUCAUUCCAAACAAUCCUCAUUUACCACCAAUUACAUUUGGACCCAGACAAGCUCCUCACAACAAUAACCUCCAUUCCCACAGGUCUGCUCCUUACAACCUACAAAAUCGAACCCGUAAUCCAACAUUCUGCUCACAAUCUAACAAUCCCCCACCCUACGAACCUAUCAAUCACCCAUUCAAUCCUACUAUUAGCCGCCCAACUCUGAACAAUCACCAACCAAACAACCGUCAAACAAAUCCCCUACCAAACAACCGUCAAACAAAUAGCAUUCCUCUACCAAACAGGUCCAACAAUUCUACCCAGCAGCCUAACCGUUCUACAUCAAAUCCUCCUCCUCCUCCUCCUCCUCCUCCUCCUCCUCCUCCUCCAUGCUUCCAAACCAGUUCAAGAAACCCAAGUACCCAGCCACGUCCUCAACCACAUCAAUUCCAACCCUGGAACCAUGGAGACUUUCGAUUAAUGUGGGUGCCAGAUGACCCAACCUUCCCACCUCAAACCUUCCUUUAAGCAUACCCUUCAGCUACACCCAUCACGUGAGAAUAAAUAAGAUGCCGAAUUCCUCCGCUGAUGCCUCUGCUGCCGCAACCACUACAGCCCCACCCUCUGAUGUCACUACAGCCCCAUGCAAUGCCUCAUCUACCACUCCAUGCAAUACCCCAUCUACCACCCCAUGCAAUGCCUCUGCAAAUGAUACCGCUACCUCCGCUACAACUGACACCUCUGCCACAGCCACUGCCGCCCCAACCGCUGAUGGUGCUGCCGCCGCCAACAAUGCGGAGAUAGCCGGAGCAAUCUUCAGAAAGGGUAGAGUAUUCAAACCUGUCACCCUAGAGAGUCUUGCCAAAAUGCCCAGAGGAGUACAGAUUAAUUUACGCUAUGUGAAACGUGUAACCAGUAUAAAUGGUGAGGGAAUAACUGCUGAAUUAGAAAGAGAGUAUGACUAUGCACGUUGUUUCAUGCCCAAAAUGUAUAUCAACACAGUGUUCAAAAGUGUGGGGGAAGAUCCAGUUGAUAUGACUGGGUAUAGUGUUAUUAUACGCGAAGUUUUACCUUUGAAAAAUCGUAAUCGUACACAUACGUUGGAAUUUUUCAAAAAUGGAAUUCCAUGUUCCGAAGCCUAAGCUGAUUGUAUUAUCAAUAGGUAUUGUAUACUUUGGAAAAUUUGCUUAAAAUUUGUUUAAAAUUCUAAAAAUGUAUUGCUGUAUACUACUUGUAGCAUUAUGCUUAAGAAAUGUAUUGUUUUAGUUAUCUUGAUGUAACAAUUUGAUGCUUGAAAUUCUAAAAAUUGAAUUUGUAAAAUUGAAAUUCUAAAAAUUGUUCCGAAGCCUAAAUGCAUAAGCUGAUUGGAUUGUAUUAUCAAUAGGUAUUGUAAAGAUGUUGUAUACUUUGGAAAAUUUGCUUAAAAUUUGUUUAAAAUUCUAAAAAUGUAUUGCUGUAUACUACUUGUAGCAUUAUGCUUAAGAAUUCAGAAAUGUAUUGUCUUAUAAGAUUUAUCUUGUUUACUUGUAAUAAAUUUUGAAAAGUAUUUUCAUCAAAAUGUGUCUUUUAAAAUAAUAAUAAACAAUAUGGAUUGUACUUACUUUAACUGCACUGUAGCACAUAUAAAGAAUUCAGAAAUGUAUUGUCUUAUAAGAUUUAUCUUGUUUACUUGUAAUAAAUUUUGAAAAGUAUUUUCAUCAAAAUGUGUCUUUUAAAAUAAUAAUAAACAAUAUGGAUUGUACUUACUUUAACUGCACUGUAGCACAUACACGUACAUAUAAAGAAUU